AUUCUCCUGCACUUCAAACACUUUGUGUGGACAAAAAAAAGGCCCAUUGCUUCCAUUGUUAAUUGCUCCUUUUCAGCUCUACACAGAACUGAAGGCACGAAGAAGAAAAAGAAGACGAGUGUAGGACAAUGGGGUCCCAUUGCUUCACUCACACAAAGCAGAAUGCGCUGGCUGAAAAGAAUUGGAUAGCAGGGCGCUCGCAGGCUGAUUGUGGUCCAUUGUGAGGGGCCUGAGGUCGCUGAUUGGUUCAAGGGAAGCACCAUAACUACAAGCAGUUUAUAUUCAUUCAGCUUGGUCAAGUACCCCCCAAAUGCAGGCUGGAGGUUGCAGGACAGAGCCGCAUCCACAAAGCAGAGAUUUUUCAAGAUGGACUACCACUUUUAACAUGGACUGAUUCCACAACAAAUGCUUAUAAAUACAAAGCGUUAGAUGAAAUGGCAAAUGCAGACAGCGAAGUGAGAACGUUGCUGAAUUUCGUAAACCUGGCGUCCAGCGACAUCAAGGCGGCCUUGGAUAAGUCGGCCCCGUGCAGACGCUCGGUGGACCACAGGAAGUACCUGCAGAAACAGCUCAAGCGCUUCUCUCAGAAAUACUCCCGAGUGCCAAGAUGUCACCCGCUCAGGUCUGCUCAGUGUGCCAAGCCCAUUGCGGAUCUGCAUUUUCCACAGGGGCCGGAAAAGGGUGGCGGCAGCGUUGGCUGCGUGCAAACAAGCGCAGACAAAGUGGGGGGCUCUGUGGAGCAGGUGCCUAUGAGGAAACGCCAGCUCCCGGCCUCUUUUUGGGAGGAACCCAAGAUGAGAAAGACAGAGCACUCCCACUCAGGACUGAGAAAGAAUCACAGCGCGUUGUCGGAGACACGAGAACACCGGAAGGGAGGUCAAGAUGAGGAUGCCAAGGUCAAGGAGGUGCUGAGAUUGGAGCGGAACUCUCACCACGGCUUGAGCGUGUGCGCCUGCUGCCCUUUCCAGUUCCAACAGCAGCACCAGCAGCAGAUUCUCCACGGUCACGUGGUGGUGCCCCAUCCAGCUCUCGGACUGUGGUGCAAGGCCGAGCCCGAGCGACUAGAACAGCCGCGUGGACAGAAGAUUCAUACUCACGUGGUGGUCAAACCCAUACCCACAAAGCCCUCCAUCCCGUCCCCUAUUUUCAGCGUGUUUGGCUUCAUUUAAAACGCAAACAAGACUAAUUAUCUUCAUCUCAGCAAUCAAUGAUGAGACCCUUCCUCAAGCACUUAAUGGAAUACUUGGGUUUAUUUUUGUUCACUCCUAGAGGACUAAAAGGCACUUCUUCAUUCUUUCUUUCUCAGAUCCCAGACAGUAAGUUGACAGGUUUCUAUUUUUAGAACUUUUUAAAGACAUCU